GGAAAGGCGACGCAUGCGCAGAGCGUUUGUUCCGAGGCUCGGUUGGAUUUAGCGCCACACGUCACGCCCCGCCCCUUCCGGCGCUGUCGUCACUUCCGGAGAAAAGAUGCAGGCGUGCCUCGGAUCUCGUUCUGGCCAGGGAAAUGAGGAUUCUGUGGAGCCACCCCCUGAAUGGGAGAAACCAUAUACAUGCCUGGAGUGUGGAAAGAGCUUCACUCAGAGUGCAAGUCUACGUUCACAUCAAAGGAUCCACACUGGGGAGAAACCGUAUACAUGCCAGGAGUGUGGACGGAGCUUCGCUUGGAGUACAGCUCUACGUUCACAUCAAAGGACUCACACUGGGGGGAAACCCUAUACAUGCCUGGAGUGUGGAAAGAGCUUCACUCAGAGUUCAAGUCUACGUUCACAUCAAAGGAUUCACACUGGGGAGAAACUGUAUACGUGCCAGGAGUGUGGACAGAGCUUCGCUUGGAGUACAGCUCUACGUUCACAUCAAAGGACCCACACUGGGGAGAAACCCUAUACAUGCCUGGAGUGUGGACACGGCUUCACUCGUAGUGGAGAUCUCUAUAGACAUCAAAAGACUCACACUGGGGAGAAACCCUAUACAUGCCAGGAGUGUGGACAGAACUUCACUCAGAGUGCAGGUCUACGUUCACAUCAGUGGACCCACACUGGGGAGAAACCCUAUACAUGCCAGGAGUGUGGAAAGAGCUUCACUCAGAAUGCAAGUCUACGUUCACAUCAAAGGACACACACUGGGGAGAAACUGUAUACAUGCCUGGAAUGUGGACACGGCUUCACUCGUAGUGGAGAUCUGUAUAGACAUCAAAGGACCCACACUGGGGAGAAACCCUAUACAUGCCAGGAGUGUGGACAGAGCUUCACUCAGAGUGCAAGUCUAUGUUCACAUCAGUGGACCCACACUGAGGAGAAACCUUAUACAUGCUUGGAGUGUGGAAAGGGUUUCAUUCGUAAUUCUGGCCUACGUUUACAUCAAAGAAGUCACACUGGGGAGAAACCCUAUACAUGCCAGGAGUGUGGACAGAGCUUCACUCAGAGUACAGGUCUACGUUUACAUCAAAGGACUCACACUGGGGAGAAACCCUAUACAUGCCCGGAGUGUGGACAGAGCUUCACUCAGAUUACAGGUCUACGUUCACAUCAAAGGACCCACACUGGGGAGAAACCGUAUACAUGCCCAGAGUGUGGAAAGAGCUUUACCCAGAGUGGACAGCUACAUUUACAUCAAAGGACCCACACUGGGGAGAAACCUUAUAUAUGCAUAGAGUGUGGAAAGGGUUUCAGUCAUAGUUCUGGCCUACGUUCACAUCAAAGAAGUCACACUGGGGAGAAACCCUAUACAUGCCUGGAGUGUGGACAGAGCUUCUUUCGUAAUUCAAAUCUACGUUCACAUCAAAGGACUCACACUGGGGAGAAGCCCUAUACAUGCCUGGAGUGUGGAAAGAGCUUCUCUCAUAAAUCAAAUCUACGUUCACAUCAGAGGACUCACACUGGGGAGAAACCCUAUAUAUGCCUGGAGUGUGGACAGAGCUUCACUCAGAGUGCAGGUCUACAUUCACAUCAGAGGACUCACACUGGGGAGAAACCCUAUACAUGCCCAGAGUGUGGAAAGAGCUUCUCUCAUAAUUCAAGUCUACGUUCACAUGAAAGGAUUCACACUGGGGAGAAACCCUAUACGUGCCUGGAGUGUGGACUGAGCUUCACUCAUCGUUCACAUUUGCAUUCACAUCAACAGACUCACACUGGAACCCUAUAAACCAGGGAUCCCCAAACUAAGGCCCGGGGGCCGGAUGCGGCCCUCCAAGGUCACUUACCUGGCCCCUGUCCUAAACUUUAGACUUAGGGUUGACCUAAGUCUGCCUGGUCUUUGGAGAUCAUUUUGCUUACCUAUGGUCUUUUGAGAUUGUCUAGAUGGUCUUUGAAGGUCUCUUUGCUUAGCUACGGCCUUAGGAGACAAUCUAGAUGGCUUUUGGAGAUCACUUUCCUUACCUAUGGUUUUAUGAGAUUGUCUAGAGGGCCUUUGGGGGGCCCUUUCCUUCUCUAUGGUCUUAUGAAACCAUCUAGAUGGCCUUUGAGGGUCCCUUUCCUUAGCUAUGGUCUUCUGAUGGCCUUAUGAGAUCAUGUACAUGGCCUUUGAGGGUCCUUUUCCUUACCUAUGGUUUUAUGAGACCAUCUAGAUGGUCUUUGGAGGUCUCUUUGCUUACCUAUGGUCUUAUGAGAUUGUCUAGAUCAGGGGUCCCCAAACUAAGGCCCUCCAAGGUCAUUGACCUGGCCUCUGUCCUAAACUUUAGACUUAGGGUUGACCUAAGUCUGAAAUGACUUGAAGGCACACAACAACAACAAUCCUCAUUUUGGACUAUUUCAUCCUAGUCCGGCCCCCCAACAGUCUGAGGGACUGUGAAUCGGCCCUCCACUUACAAAGUUUGAGGACCCCUGCUAUAAACGCAAGGUGUGUGGGAAGAGCAUCUCUGAGAGUUCAAUCCUACAUAAAGAUGGAAUCAACGUUGGAGAGAACAGGGGUGUUUGACCCCAAAGAGACUCACCAAGACACAGCUUUCCUAACUUUUCAUGUUGGUGCCAGAUUGGACCCCGACUACUGUACAGACAAUAAAGAGUAUAAUUGAAAGCCUCAACAACAGUAAAGCUCCCUGAGAAGACUUUUUACCACCAGAGUUAUUUAAAUCCAACCCUGACUGCUGGGCCCCCCUAAUAGCAGGUCUAUUACUCACAUAAAUAGCAUUGCCAAUAUUCCUACUGGUGGGAAAUUAGCAAUAAUUAUCCCUAUUUACAAAAAAAAGGUGCAAAAAAAUCCAAAUAGCCUAAUAGCUAUAGUGGCCAAUAUCUAAGUACUUUUUUCUGAAUUAGAGCAUUGGGAAUAUGAAAAUAAAAUUCUAUCAGAAGAACAAGCUGGCUGCAGAUCAGGAAGAUCCACCAUGAAUAACUCAUGAAUAACCAUCUAAUAUAUAAACAUCUAAAAAGAAAGAGCAGAUUUUAUGUUGCUUUCAUUGACUUAAAGGCAGCCUUUGACAGCAUCAACUGAGAGCUCCUCUGGAAAAAAAUAACAGUACAUGAAUAGAUCGUGGAUUACUACUCCUGGUCAAAAGUUUCUACUCCAACAACCAUAUCCAGGUCAGAACGGGAAUCAGUGGUGCCUUGACAAAGAGAAUAGAUUCCUGCAAAGGUGUAAGACAAGGAGGUUUAUUGGCCCCUUUACUUUUCAACCUUUAUAUGAAUGACCUGCCAGACCACCUCAGCAGCUCCGAGGUCCACAUGCCAAAAAUUGGUAAGAGACACAUACAUACUCUUCUAUACACAGAUGACAUGGUUUUGAUGUCUAAUACCCCAAUAGGACUACCGUGUUUCCCUGAAAAUAAGACACCCCCAUAAAAUAAGACCUAGCAGAGAUUUUGGUGACUGGCCAAAUAUAAGACAUCCCCUGAAAGUAAGACCUACAGUAGAGUCUCACUUAUCCAACAUAAAUGGGCCGGCAGAAUGUUGGAUAAGUGAAUAUGUUGGAUAAUAAGGAGAGAUUAAGAAAAAAGCCUAUUAAACAUCAAAAUAGGUUGAUUUUACAAAUUAAGCGCCAAAACAUCAUGUUAUACAACAAAUUUGACAGAAAAAGUAGUUCAUUACACAUUAAUGCUAUGUAGUAAUUACUGUAUUUACGAAUUUAGCACCAAAAUAUCAUGAUAUAUUGAAAACAUUGACUACAAAAAUGUGUUGGAUAAUCCAGAAUGUUGGAUAAGUGAGUGUUGGAUAAGUGAGACUCUACUGUAGCUGGAGGAAGUGUUAGGAAUUGUGGGAGUAGAAGUCAAAAACACCUGGAGGGAGGGCCCAAGUUGGCCCAGGCCUGGUUUGGACUCAUCAACCAUUUCAAGGCAGAUGAUUGUGAUCCGGAAACCUGUUUUCUAUGACAGUUUAAACCAGUGAUUCCCAAAGUGGGUGCUACUGCCCCCUGGUGGGCGCUGCAGCAAUCCAGGGGGGCGGUGAUGGCCACAGGUGCAUUUGAAUGUUUUAACAUUUUUUGUAUUACUUUUCUAUUCUGAGUUCAAAAAAUAGUUCCAUAAUUUCAAACAUCAAUGUUUCUAAUUUACACCUUUCUUUACAAUAUUUUACCAAAAAAGGUGGAAACAUUAAUACGUAUGUCUUUCUGUUUAAUUGCUAUUAAAAAAUUUGAAAAUUAAUUUCCAGGGGGUGUUGAGUAAUAUUUUUUUCUGGAAAGGGGGCAGUAGGCCAAAUAAUAAUAAUAAUAACUUUAUUUUUAUACCCCGCCCCAUCUCCCCAAAGGGACUCGGGGCGGCUUACAUGGGGCCUAGCCCGAUAAGCCCUGUUUUAUACGAACUUUUGUUUUGUAGAUUGUUUUAUAUGAAUAGUUGUUUUUACAUUGUUUUUAGGCAUUGAAUUUUUGCCUAUUUACUGUAAGCCGCUUUGAGUCUCCUCGGAGAGAAAGGCGGGGUAAAAGUGAUGUAAAUAAAUAAAUAAAGCAAUCAAUAUCAAUAGCACGACUAUAAAACAAUUAUACCAGUAAAACAUCAAUAGCAAUAAAACAAUCCUUAAAAUCGGCAAAAAGCAUACCAAAAACAUACAAUAUUAAAACAGGAGACUAAUUCAUAAAAUCCAGAACAGAAUGUGCCGGUAGAAAUGGACAAUAAAGUGCAAAAUUGGCAUAAGUUUGGGAACCACUGGUCUAAACUGUCACAAAAUCCAGGUUUCUUAUUUAACACCAGUAAAGGUAGCAAACAUCAAUAAAAAUGCCACAAAAAGUUGUUGGAGAAGUUGCCAGGAGGUGGGAACAUAUAUACAUAUGUGGUGGCAAUGUAAAUAUGUAAAUGUAUUUUGGGGGAAGGUAUUUAGAGAAAUAGAAGCCAUAAUGGAGAAGAAGAUAGGAAAAAGUGCAAGUAUUGCAUUGUUGUCAUUAUAUAAUGUCAAGAAUUUGAAAAAACAGAAGGAUGCAAUAAAUAAUAUGUUAACUGCAGCAAGAUUGUUGAUAGCAAAGAACUGGAAAGGUAGAAUAAACAUAGAAAUAGAAGAAUGGUAUAAAGAACUAUAGAAAUUAGCAAUAAAUGAUCAGUUGAUAUGUAGGUUAAGAGUUAGGAAAAGGGUAUGGAAGGAAAAUGACUUUGACGAGGUUUGGGGAAAAUUCGUUGAGAAGGGUUUAAAAGAAGUAGAUGGGAAAUUACCUCCACAAGAAGAUAUUGUAUUUUGGAAAGAAUGUAAAUUGAAGUGGUUCGGGGGGGGGGGGGACAGAGGUGAACAAAACAGCAUACAAGAUAUGUAUACAAGAUAUAUAUAUGCAGUGAAUUAAUUGUGACAUAUAAGAGAAUGGAAGGUACUGAUGUAUUUGAUGUAUUUUAAGAAAACUAAUAAAAUAAUUUUUUUAAAAAGACAUGUAAAGCAACGUAGGUGUGAUAGUGCACAACCCCUUAUAAAAUUUUCAAUAUCUAUCUAUCCACACAAUAAAGGUGUCAGGAUGUGAAAGCCCAGCACUCAUAACAGCUGAAUUCUCCACAUCCCAUCAGAGCAAUGGGGGGUGGGAGAUAAUCUAAAUCAGGGGUCCCCAAACUAAGGCCCGGGGGCUGAAUGCGGCCCUCCAAGGUCAUUUACCUGGCCACUGCCCUCAGUUUUAUAAUAUAAUAUUUUUAUAUCAGUUUUAAUAAUAUCAUAUUGUAUAUACAUAUAAUAUUGAUAGAAAUAUUAUAAUGUAAUACAAUGUAAUACUAAUAAUAAUACCAUAUAAUAAUAUUAAUUAUAUACUAUAUAUUACAUGUAAUAUUACUAAUAAUAUUACAAUAUAGUAGUAUAAUUUAAUAUAGUAAUAUAUAAUGCUAAUAUUGUUCUAUGUUAAUAAUAUAAUAUAUUGUAUAUACUGUAGAUAUAAAUUGUAAACUGCUCUGAGUCCCCUUCGGGGUGAGAAGGACAGGAUAUAAAUUUAGUAAAUAAUAAAUAAAUAAAUAAAUUUUUGACAGGCUCACCCAAAAUCUGAAAUGACUUGAAGGCACACAACAAUAAUCCUAAUUAAUUUGACUAUCUUGUUGGCCAAAAGCAGGUCCACACUUCCCAUUGAAAUCCUGAUCGGUUUGAGUUGGUUAAAAUUGUUUUUAUUUUUAAAUAUUGUAUUUUUCUUUGUUUGUUGUUGUUUUUGCACUACAAAUAAGACAUAUGCAGUGUGCAUAGGAAUUUGUUCAUUUUUUUUCUUGAAAUGAUCAUUCGGCCCCUCAACAGUCUGAAGGAUUGUGGACUGGCCCUAUGCUUUAAAAGUUUGAGGACCCCUGAUCUAAAUGAUAAGGGUUUUAUGGCCUGCUCUGGUUUUUCAAGCCUGGGAAAGGACUACAUAACAGAUACCUGUGAAUAUGGAAAGAGGGGAGGAAGGAGGUGGAUAUUCUUGGGGUUUGGCAGGAAUACGUUAGUUCUAGCUUUGUUUUCAACUUGAAAAGAAGGACUUCAAUAAAGCGUUUCCACGGAA